CAUUACUCUAUUAUUUUCCUUUUCCCUCCCCCGAAGUCUGGACAAAAGAAGAGGAAGACGAUUAGUGAACGACUCCGCCGCCGCCGGGCAAAGCUUUAACUUUCAUAUACAGGUAAAUCAAGCUUCCGGGAUCCCUUAGAAAUGGCGAUAACACUGAACAACGGGUUCAAGAUGCCGAUCAUCGGCCUCGGAGUUUGGCGCAUGGACAGCAAAGACAUCAAAACCCUCCUCAUCAACGCUAUCAAGUUGGGUUACCGCCACUUCGACUGUGCUGCUGAUUACAGGAAUGAAGCAGAAGUUGGUGAAGCACUUGCAGAAGCAUUGCAGACAGGGCUUGUUAAGAGGGAGGAUCUGUUCAUUACUACAAAGCUUUGGAAUUCAGAUCAUGGUCAUGUUGUAGAAGCCUGUAAGGACAGUUUGAGGAAACUUCAGCUGGAUUAUCUUGAUCUAUACCUUGUUCACUUCCCCAUAGCCACAAGGCAUACUGGAGUGGGUACAACUGACAGUGCUUUGGGUGAUGAUGGUGUACUGGAUAUAGACACAACAAUAUCCUUGGAAACUACCUGGCAUGCUAUGGAAAGUCUGGUUUCAACGGGUUUAGUUCGCAGCAUAGGAAUCAGCAACUACGAUAUUUUCCUAACUAGAGACUGCUUGGCUUAUGCCAAAGUAAAGCCAGCCGUGAACCAGAUUGAAACACACCCUUACUUCCAGCGUGAUUCGCUCGUCAAAUUCUGCCAGAAGCAUGGAAUCUGUGUCACAGCUCACACACCUCUUGGUGGCGCCGUGGCUAACACCGAGUGGUUUGGUUCCGUCUCUUGUUUCGAUGAUCCCGUUCUCAAAGGCCUGGCUGAGAAAUAUAAAAAGAGUGUGGCUCAGGUAGUUCUGCGCUGGGGAAUCCAACGGAAAACGGUAGUGAUCCCGAAGACAUCAAAACUCGAAAGAUUGCCAGAGAAUAUCCAAGUCUUCGACUUUGAGUUGAGCAAGGAGGACAUGGACCUGAUCAGAAGCCUUGACCGGAGCUGUCGGACCAAUCAACCGGCAAAAUUCUGGGGCAUAGAUCUAUUUGCUUAACUGUGGAUUAUGAAAGGGAGAGGUCCAUCACGUUUGGAGAAUAAAGUGAACACUGAUGCCAUUGGUUUUUGACAGUGUGGCCAUUUCGAAGACAUGAUGUGAUCAGCUAAAUCUUCUUGUGUUUUAGUUGGUUUUGGUUCUGGUUUUCAUGAUGGCCAAACAUACAGAUUAAUUGCUGAAUUGCUAGAUUUAGGUUGCGUUUUCUUUACUAUUUUUAAGUCA